AAACAAACCACCCUUUUUCGCCUUUCUUUCUUCCUUUCUUUCUUCUUGACGAGCGAGUCUGCGACCUCGGUCGGAAAAUCAAAAUCGCUUCUCCGCAACCGCAUUAUCGGCGCUAAUGGCCGACCCAGAGACCUUAGCGGCGUUGAAGAGAGCCUACGCCGAUACUAUUCUGAACACGACGAAGGAAGCGGCGGCGCGUGUGAUGUUUUCUGAGAAGAAGGCGCGUAGUUAUCAGCAAGAACUUGUGACGGUUAGAGAUGAAGCACUCCAUAUGUUGCUUAGGCUUAAACAUAUGUAUGAUUCCAAGGUCAAGGAGGCAGAGAUGAUAUCCUUAAAGCAGCAACAAAAGGUUGAGGAACUUGAAGCUCAGCUUGGAGAAGCUGAAGAUAUCGUAGGAGAGCUGAGGAUGGAGCUGCGAGAACUUCGUGAUGAGCUCAAGAAGAAACUUACGAAUGGUCAGACACAUCUUAAAAGUGAUCAUGAGGAAGGCUCCUGUUGGGAAAACAGUGGUGCAGCAGUUUCCGUAGUGCCUGAGGUCUCUAGCAGUCACGAGAGAUCAGGAGCUAUAGUUUCUUGCAUCCCAGCUGAACAAAGUGGGUCCGUAUUGGCUAAUGGGACAAAAAACCCAUCUUUGACUCGCAUAAAUAGUAUUAAGCGGUGUUCAUCAAGAGAUAACAAGGAUCGUUGUCACCACACUCUUCCGUCUAUAUUGACAAAACGCAGGGAAGCUGAAGGAUGCACUCAGAUGAUCCACGCAGUAGAUAGAUGUAUGGCCAAUGGAGAUCUGUCUUCCUCUGUAGAAGUAGGAGAUGUGAAUGAUGGAGUAUGUCUUCACAAAGUCUCGUCUUGUAAUAUUGUAGAGACCUUAAAAUUGUCUGGUUGUGCUCAUGCUAGUGACUCCAUAUCUUCUGUUGGAGAUGGAGAAGAGGUAGUGGUGUCUGAAAACCCUUGUCAGAAGGACUGUGGUACUCCGAUACAUUUGAAAACAUCUCCGAGGGAACAUGAAAUUGAGAGAAAGUCUGCGGUUGUCGAAACAGAGGCAAUGAAGGAAGAAAAAGAGAGCUGUGCGAACAUGGAGGUUUCGGCAUCUCCUUUGUGUGAAGAAAUGCCAGUUUUGGCAGUUAAUAAAAACAGGUGUAUCAAGUACACAUUCAAGAGGAAGAGAAAGAAGGAGGAUUUAAGCAAUCUUGAAGGAGGGUCCUCCAUUGAGGAGAGCAGAAGCAGGAAACAGAAGACUGGGGAGAAAGACGACGGUUAUUUGGAAUCUCUGAAGCCUAGCUUCACCAGUGAAUCAUCUCGGGAUAGUCUAUGCGUAGCACAGGUGGCUCGGCAGCUUGUACCAUUCUCGGAGAAAAACGGUUUUGCAGCAGAACUAGUCAACCAGUAGGAUCUUCCCUUGACUCGCAAGUAACCUCGAAGCUCUAAUAUUAUCAAUUGCAGUUUUUGGAUCCAUUGUUGAUCAACAAACCUAGCUUUAGCUUAGUAAAGUAUAAAGUAUUCGUCUAAUAUAUAUAUAUAAAUAUAUUCAUGUUACAUUUUAUUUGGAGCAACUCAAAGUUUAUAUGGAAACUCUAGAUUCUUAAGCCUGGGUGGUC